UUCAACUAGCAAUGGUGAAAACUCGAAUGCUUUCUAUGCUUUUUUUUACACUUUUAAUUUUUCAACAAUUUGUUGAUGCAAUACAAUUCAAUCCCGUGUUCUUUUCAUGGAAGAUAGAUAAAAUAUAUCAACUUGGUGAUUCGAUUUCAGACACUGGAAAUUUGAUCAGGGAGAGUCCCGUAGGAGCUAUCUCUCCCUAUGCUAGUCUUCCUUACGGUGAAACCUUCUUCAAAAAAGCUACUGGUCGUUGUUCGGAUGGACUUCUCAUGAUUGACUUUUUUGCAUUGGCAUUUGGUCUUCCGCUCCUAAACCCUAACAAAAACACAAAUGCAAACUUCAGUAAUGGUGUCAAUUUCGCCGUUGCCGGCUCCACGGCUCUCUCAGUCGAAGCAUUGGCGGCCAAAAACAUCCAGAAUCCGGUGACGGCAAGUUCUUUGGCCGUUCAACUUGGUUGGAUGGAUACAUACUUCAAUUCCACUUGCAAUGGCACCCAAAGUGGUUGCGCAGAGACUCGUAACAAUUCUCUUUUCAUGGUUGGAGAGACUGGAGGCAAUGAUAUUAAUUACGCAUUUGUUCAAGGGAAAAACAUGGAGGAGUUGAGAAGUAUGGUUCCAGAAAUUGUCCAAGUCAUCAUGGUUGCUGUUAAGAAAGUCAUUAGCUAUGGUGCUACUCGAAUCAUAGUUCCUGGAAAUUUUCCAAUUGGUUGUAUUCCAAUGUAUCUCACAGGUUUUCAAACAAAUGAACCAUCGGCCUAUGAUGAACACCACUGCUUGAGGGAUUUCAACAAUUUGUCUAUAUACCACAAUGACUUGUUGAAACAAGCCAUUCAAGAUUUGCAGAAACAACAUCCUCAUGUUACAAUGAUCUAUGGUGAUUACUAUAACGCCUACCUUUCACUCUUACAACAUUCUGCAAAAUUUGGAUUUGAUGAAAGUUCAAUUCAGAAGUCUUGUUGUGGAGUGGGAGGAAAUUAUGAUUUUAACAUGAAUCAAAUGUGUGGAUUUCCUGGAGUUCCAGUGUGUUCAGAUCCAAGUAAAAGGAUUAGUUGGGAUGGUAUCCAUAUGACUCAGAAUGCGUACAGAAUUAUGACAAAUUGGCUUCUCCAUGAUAUGUUGGGUAAAAUUCAAGCCGGUAAUGCUUAAAUUGUUGUGAAAGAUAAAAGAUGAAUGUCUAAAAGAUCUCUGAGCUGAGGUACCUUGAAGGAGUUGGGUAUAUUCAACAUGCUAAGCCCAUAAUUGGCUUCAAUACUCAACUCAAUGUCGCGAGCUUGACUGGAUAAUUCUUCAAAUGUAUUGGGCUCAAUCCCUUGCAAGAAGUAAGAGAGCUCGAAGUGCCUUGGAUGUAUAUCUCAAUUGUGACUCUAUGAUAUCCUUUCAAUGCAAUUUAGACAACUCCUUCCAUCUUUCAAUGUUAAUAACUAAACGCUCACCCUUCCAUUGGUGAGUAGUGGUGAAUUCUACAAAGCUGAUGGUCCUUUUUAUGCUGUAGAAGUAGUGAGUUAAGAACUCGCGCUCCACGUCAUGCCAAAUAUCAAUGCAAUCGAGUUUCAAGUUAGUGUACAAAUUAAAAGCAGUGCCCUUCAAAAGAGCAUACAAACUACUUGACAAUAAGAUCUCCAUUGUCCUAGUGUCGCUGUAGGUUUCCACGAAGUGGGGGAUGU